CGAAUUGAUGUUAAAUUUUUUUAUUUUCCCAAUUGUGAUUGGACAACAUACAUUAUCGAAUAGAGAAUUUCUAAUUAAAGAAUGUAAGGAAACAAAUUAUUAUACCGCAAAAAUUGAAUCGAAUUCUGAAAGUAUUUAUAAUGAAGAAAGUAAAAAUGUAGUAAAGUCUCCUUGGUUCUUAAAUAUACCACUAUUGCCGAUAAUAGUUGCAACUUCAAAUUCAAUUCCUGAAGGUUCUUGUAAAAGGCAAUUACAAUUAUAUUUUGAUCAUUUAAAAAAUGGCACAUUAUGGGCGACAGAAAUGUUUGAUUCAUCAGCUAAAUAUCCUUAUGGUGUUUUUGAUGGUUUCACUCGGCAUUUGGGAAGUUUUGAUCAGUGUAAUCGAAUUCAAACAAAAAUAUUAAAUAAUGAAGAUGGAAAAAUUGAGGAAAUAGACAGUAGAUAUUGUUUAGUGGAUAUAAAAUUUAAAAAAGAAAAUGAAGAAACAAAUUUUACUGGAGAACACAAUAUAUAUUUUGAUCCGCAAGUUUCUGCCUGGGAAGCAAUUAGAGAAAAAGGCGAUUUUCGAAGAUACAAAAGAUAUAUUUUACAAAUGGCACUAUGUUUUCCUUCAAAAUGUCAAACGGAGGAUAUUGUUGCAGCGUUAAAACAACCUUUGGAUAAAUUUGGUGCAGAAUAUGAUCUUCAAGUCGAAGCAUCAAUUAUACCUAUGUAUUGUGCCUCAAAAGAAGCUCAAAAAUUUUCUAUUUACGAUAUAAUUUUCUAUUUGACAUUUCUAAUAAUAUUGAGUCUCGUCAUAGUUAGCACUCUGAUUGACUUUAAUUAUGAUAAAAACAAAGAGUUUUCUUUAUUACAUUGUUUCUCUGCUCGUAAAAAUUUGAACGAAAUUUUAAGUAUAAAUUAUGAACAUCCAGGACUUGAUUCUAUUCACUUUAUUCGAGUAUUGCUUGCAGUUCUUAUUGUUGCAUUGCACAGACAAUUGCUGUAUAUGUACGGAUCAAAUAUUUCUGGAAAAUAUUUGGAAUGGGUUAUGUCAAAACCUAUUUUCGGGAUACUGCACAAUCUUCCCAUCAUAGUAGAUGGAUUCUUCGGUGUUGGAGGACUUUUAUUGUCUUACUCUUUAUUGGGAGACUUGAGUGUAUCAAAAAAUAUUAAUAUUACGCUUCUAAUUGUAAAACGAUUAGUAAGAAUAUUGCCAUCAUAUAUGUUUGUUACAUUCGCAUAUGCAACUGUAUUUCAUCGAUUAGGUUCUGGACCAUUCUGGGAGUCAACUAUGGGAGUCUUUAGAGAUUCUUGUUCUUCUUAUUGGUGGACUAAUUUGUUUUUUAUCAAUAAUUAUUUUGGAGGCAAUAAUAAGUGCGUGAUGCAGUGUUGGUAUUUAGCUGUGGAUUUCCAUUGUUAUUUAAUUGGAUUAUUGUUAAUUAUUGCAUUUCACAAAAUGUCUCGUAAAAUUGGUUUUAUAUUUUUGGGUUGUAUGCUAUUUUUAACAACUUGUAUUCCUUUUUACGUCACAUAUAAAAAUAAUGCAGAUCCAAUAUUUACCUCCAUUACUAAUCCAAGAAGAUUAGAGGACAGUGAAUAUUUUUUAAAUUAUUAUAGUAAAACUCAUAUGCGUAUGGCAUCUUAUAUUAUCGGAUUAAUUGUAGGGGUUUUUAUUUUUGAUCAUAAAAACUCUAAUUGGCGUCUCUCAAAGACCUGGUCACAAAUUUUGUUUAUUAUUUUCGUCUUUAUAUUGAGUUCAACUGCCGCAUGGACUGGAACACUUUUUGUAAAUCCAAAUUUGAAAACUACUGCUUUUCAAAAAGCCCUGUAUGCAAGUCUGCAUAGAACAAUUUUCGCAUUCAGUGUUAGUUCAAUUCCUCUUCUCCUGACAAUAGGCGAUGGCUUAGGUUUCUAUAACAAUAUACUAACUGCAAGAUGGCUACAACCGCUUUCACGUGUUUCUUAUGGAAUUUUUCUUGUUCAUACAAUAGUACUUCAGUUUGAUGGAACAUCAAGAACUCCAUCAACCUUUUCAAUGUACAAUGCGAUUAAAUUUUUUAUAGUAGAUAUAAUAUAUUCUAUAGGCCUGGCAUUAUUCUUAGCCAUUGUAAUAGAAUUUCCAGUCAGAAAUAUUUUUAAUGCAAUGAUAAAAAGAAAGACAAUUGUUACGAAAAUAAAACCAUCAAGAAUUAUACAAAAGAAGACAAAAUAAUCUUUGCAAAUAAUUGAAAAUCAUUUAAUUAUAAAUUAUAUGAAUACAUUAAAUAAGUAGUAGGUUACAAUGGAUCAAGAGAUCAUCCAUAAAGUAUACGAUACAUAUAAAAAAAAAAAAAUGUAACAGAAUUGUCAUUUUACCGACUUUUUUGGAGCGAAUUUCAAAAUUGGCCAAUUAAAAAUUAUCAUUAAAAUUGCGAUUGCGGUCAAUUUUGAAAUUCGCGCUGAAAAAAUCUUUUAGAACAAAAUCUGA